UAGGGAGAUUUUAAUUUAGUUCUGUCAAGGCUGUCAUAGUUAUUCACAGUGAUUUAGCUCUGUUAUAUUUUUUAGUUUUCUUUUUUUCACUAAAGAAUUCAGUGCCUUUACAAAUAAUUUAAAUUGGUAUAUAUAUAAAAAAACUUUCCAUUUAAAACGGUUGCUAUAGUGGUGGGUAAUGAUAAUGAACUGCAGUGUCUGCGCUUUUUACUUUUUAUCGUACACUAUCAGUAGGGCAUAGUAUUUGAGGUUUAUUUACUAUAUGUAUUUAUUUCUUGAUAACGAUGCUUCCAUCGAAUUCCAAUUUAUCUAGUGAAUAGGAAAUAAAUUUAUAGAAAAAAGAUGAUUUAAAUAGUUUUAAAAGGAUAUCUGAUGACCACUCAGCACCAUGAUGCACAUGUGGAUGUGGUUCGGGUACGAUCUGGGCGAGUUCCUCUUCCCCGGCCUGGAGGUCAGCUCGCGCUGGGCUUUCGCCCUCACCUGGAUCGUGCUGUUCUUUGUCGCCUUUCUCUUUGAAGGUUCCAAGGUAUACCUCGCGAAGGUGCAGCGUGAGGGUCACAAGAAGCUCUACCCCUACAGGUCUGAUGAGAGGAGAAACUUGUUAUGUGAUCGACCGAAGUGUGCGGAUCCACUUUUCACGCAUCGUCGCGGGUCGACGGUGGCGGAGCAGGGCGGCGCGAUGGAGCCGACGACGAGUCGCAACGCCAGCACAGGUCAGGUCAGCCGCUGGGCUUCGCUGCGAGUCCGAGUGGCGGUGACGCUGCAGCAGUCUGCAGUGUUCGUGCUGCACAACACAGUAGGCUACCUGCUUAUGUUGGCAGUGAUGGUCUACAACGUACAUCUGCUGCUCGCCGUCGUGUUCGGCAUGAUGCUGGGUUACUUCCUGUUCGGCACAAAGUUGACGCGGCUGCAGAUGCAGUGUUUCCGCACUAAGCGCGUCGUCAUCUGUACCCCGGAGUGCGAUGACACCGCUGAUAACACAACACCGCCUCUGCUAAACACAUCAACAGAUUCGGAAGCCGAUUUCUUCAUCUGCCGCACGCGCACCUGCAUCCAGCCAUCACAUUACUUCCCGGCGAGCACUUCCCAAGACUCCUCCAACGAGCUGGCCAACGCGACUUGCUACUACGGCGCCAAAAAGUGCCCCUCCAAAGUCGCCAGAGCUAAAAAGAUCCAAGCCGUCGCUCAAACGCACUGCCAUCAUACAGAAAGCGAAAAAGAAGAUAGUCCUAGCGUAGAAGACGUUCAGUUACUAAGAACUGAACGUCAGGGCUGCUGCAAGAAGAAGCAGGAGCCGCCUCCCGAGGAGAAGUGCUGCAAGUCUAGUCAGAGCGAGCCAGUCCCGGAGCCGGGACAGUCGUGCUGUCAGAAGACUGAGAGUCAGGACAGGGAGAUGACGCGGGAGAACAGCCCGCACAUCACCUGCUGCCACGGACACAAGUCUGCCAGCACUGACAGCCAGGAACAGAUUAUGAACCAAUGAUAUGCUGCAGCUUGUGGCGGAUGCAAUGAGGCUCAAAA